AUGCAAACUUCUAACUUUACUUCACCGGCACUGCAGGAGACUGCAGAGGCGUGCUGGGCAUUUCUUGUUGCCCUGGCAGGAUCGGGAUAUUCACCCAUAGAAGAUGAUGAAGAUGUUUAUGCACGCAAUAGAUAUAAAGAAACGCCUUGGUGUUCUCCCAUUAAGGUGAAACAUGGUAAUGCAAACUGCAGAACACCUCAAGGAGAAUAUUACAAAAAUGUCUUGGGGACGAGAUGUGAUAUCCGUUGCCAGAAAGGCUAUGAACUGCAUGGUCCUCAACAGCUUAUUUGUCAGUCAAACAAACGCUGGUCUGGGAAAGUUUUGUGUAAACAAAUACGGUGCCCAACGCUGUCCAUGCCAACUAAUGGGGGGUUCAAGUGCAUAGACGGCGCGUACUUUAACUCAAGAUGUGAGUAUUACUGUUCCCCAGGAUACCAGCUAAAAGGAGACCGGACAGUAACAUGUAUGGACAACAAAGUUUGGAGUGGCAGACCAGCCUCCUGUGUUGAUAUGGAACCUCCUAGAAUCCAGUGCCCAAGUGUGAAGGAGAAAACAGCCGAGCCAAAUAAGCUGACAGCCCGUGUGUUCUGGGAAACCCCAGAAGGAAGGGACACUGCUGAUGGUAUUUUGACAGAUGUGAUUUUGAAAGGCCCAUCCCCUGGGUCACAUUUUUCAGAAGGUGACCACAAGAUCCAAUACACUGUGUAUGACAGAGCAGAAAACAAAGGCACUUGCAAAUUUCUUGUUAAAGUCAGAGUUAGGCGCUGUGGUAAACUGAAUGCCCCAGAAAAUGGCUACAUAAAAUGUACAGGUGAUGGAGAUAACUAUGGUGUCACUUGUGAGUUUUCCUGCAUUGGUGGAUAUGAGCUGCAGGGAAGCCCAGCCAGAGUGUGCCAGUACAAUUUAGGCUGGUCAGGAACGGAGCCAACCUGUACACCUAUGAAUAUUAAUGUUGCUGUGAGAACUGCAGCGGCCCUCUUGGAUCAGUUUUAUGAGAAACGGAGACUACUAAUUGUAUCAACUCCUACUGCAGCCAAUUUUUUCUACAGGUUGCAAUUGGGAAUGCUCCAGCCAGAGCAAUGUGGUUUAGAUCUCCGACAUGUUACAGUGAUCGAAUUGGUUGGUGUCUUUCCAGCACAGAUAGGAAGAAUAGGAGUGAAGUUGCUGCCUCCAGCACUUGCUUUGCAACUCAGGUUGUUGCUGCGCAUCCCCCAUUAUAACUUCAGUGUGGUGGUGAUGGACAAGCAUGGCAUGGACAAAGAGCGUUACUCUUUCCCACCUACGCCGGCGCAGCUCUUUGCGCUCAUUGACACCUUCCCCUUGAGAAAAGAAGAGAUGAAAUUGCAAGCAGAAACUGGCCAGUCAUGUACCUGA